UCUCCCCUUGUCAUCUCCCACCACACCGAGAUCCGGGGCUCCGCAAUGGGCGUCGAAAAGACAUAAAGGUACCCCGCAAGGCACCCCAGCGCCCUUUCCCCCUCCUCAUCCCCAUCCGACGCAAAGCAUAAACAUGACGUCAACACUGGCCUACAAGAGCGACACGGACGUGGAAAAGUCGGUCACGCAUGCACACCAGACGCCGCGCUACCUUCGCGACACCGAUGUGUCCAAGGACGGUCUGAGCGUCACGCUGACGCGCAUCACCAACCUCGGCUCCCGCGCGGGCACAGUGCAGAACUACGCCGAUAACGGAAACACGAUCCUGCUCCCCACCCCGACCGAUGACCCAAAUGACCCACUCAACUGGUCGCGGUCGUUCAAGUGGUUCCUGACGUGCAUCGUCUGCGCCGCCGCCUUUAUGAGCAACCUGACCGCCGCCGGGCCGAGUAUCGCCAUUCUCGAGACGUCCAAGGACUUCGGUACCGCCCCGCCAAAGACGGCCUACCUCUACUCGUGCGCAGCCCUGCUCCAGGGCCUCUCGAUGUUCCUGUGGUCGCCACUCGUGACAAAGUACGGCAAGCGUCCCGUCUACGUGCUCUCGUACGUCAUCUACCUCGCUGUUGCGCUGGGAUCGGGCGCAUGCAAGACCUGGAGCUCUCAGCUUGUGCUGCGGUGCAUUCUCGGUGCCGCGUCGGGAGCCGGUGAGAUGCUGGGCCCCCUCACCAUCGGCGACAUCUGGUUCGUCCACGAGCGGAGCACACCCAUGGCUGCCUACAACGCCUUCCUGUCCGUCGGCGUGGCAUUCGGCAUGAUCAUCGACGGCUUCAUCACCCGUGAUCUGACGUGGCGCUACAUCUACUGGGUCUCGAGUGCACUCAUUGGAGCUCUCACCAUUCUUGUCGUCUUCUGCUGCCCCGAGACAUCCUACCGCCGCCCCCCGCUCGCACCCGUCCACCUGGAGGACCGCCCCGAGGUGGACCAGAGCCGUAAGAAGAGCUACUGGAAGACACUGGCGCUGUUCAGCGGUCAGACGUACACCGAGGAGAGCUUCGUCAAGCUCCUCAUCCGUCCCUUCCUCGUCAUUGCCUACCCAGCUGUUCUCUGGGCUGCCUUCUGCUUCGCCGGCACCAUCGGCUUCCUGGUGGCUGUCACGACCAACGUCGCCAUCGCCUACAACGCUGGCUACGGCUUCGGCCCCGCCAACGUCGGCCUCUGCUUCGUCGCGGGCCUCAUUGGCAGCGUCGUGGGCAUCGCAUUCGGCGGCCAGCUGUCCGACUGGAUCAGCAAGCGGUCGACCAAGAAGAACAAGGGCCUUCGCGAGCCCGAGAUGCGUCUCCCUGCCCUUUCGCAGGCCAUCAUCACCAGCCCGCUGGCGCUGGCGCUGUUUGGCGCGGGCAUUCAGAACCACUGGCACUGGAUCGUGCCCACGAUCGGACUCGGCCUGCUCAACUUCUCCAUCGUCAGCGGAACCAACGUCGCCCUCGUCUACGCCAUCGACUGCUACAAGCCCAUCUCGAGCGAGGUGGUCACGGCCAUCCUGGGCUACAAGGCCGCCAUCGGUUUCCUGCUUUCCUUCUACACGAACCCCUGGGUCGCCAGCCAGGGCUACCAGAACGCCUACGGCGAGAUGGCCGCCAUUGCCUCGAUCAUCUGGCUCUUCGUCUUUGUCUUUUACUUCUUUGGCAAGCGCAUCCGUCUGGCGUCGCUCGAAUGGCGGGCACUCAAGUACCUCGCCUGGCACGAGGACAGGGACGAUGCUGUCCUUGUCGAGGAGGACUAGUUAUGCUUGCUGUAUAGUUUUCGUACUGUUCGAGGGGAUUGUCUUUGUCGCUAUUGCUGUCAGGGGAAAAUUGGAAACGCUUGCAAUGUCAUUUGGUCACUCGUCUUCAC